AUGAGAAAAAACAUACAAAAUCCAGUUAUUUCAUCUAAUACUCUUAAUAAAGAAUCACUAACAAACGAAAUAAGACCAGGAUUUACCAAGUCUUGGGAAGACUUUGAUCGUAUCUUCAGAGAUAUCAAAAACGAAAUCAAUGAAAGAGAAGAGAAAAAAAGACAAGAAAAACUUGAGAAUGAAUACCUUAUUGAUGUCGCUGCAGAAGAAUUUAAAUUAUCCCAACAAAGUAUUCAAACAAUGAAAGACAGUGUUAUAUCAAAUACAAAAAAACCUCAAAUUAAAGAACUUAAAUUAAAGCGAAUUAUUGGUAACAAGUCAGGACAGUUCCAAAUUGAUGAAACCAGAAAAACUAAUGAUGAAAUCGAAGAAAUUCCAACUCAAGAAUUUGAACUUAUUAAAAAGAAACAAAUUGAGAAAAAGAAAAAUGAUGAUGAUCUUGAGAUUGAAAGUGAUUCUGAUGAUUGGAGUAAAAAGUCAUUAAUUAAUAAAGAUAAUCCAAAAAGAAAUGAAAAAAGAGAAGAUGAUGAUAUUGAUAUUACUCCUUUUCCAACUCAAAGUGAAGAUGGGAGUUUUGGUGUAAAGAGUUGGAUCUUAAACAACAACACUCAAGAAAAAGCAUUGGCGUCUAAUCCUGAAUUUACAAAAGAAUGUCAAGGUAAUACAAUAGAAGAAAUGCUAGAUAGUCAAAACACAAAAAAUCCUAAAAAUGAAAAGAAAAGUGAAAUCGAAGGAGAACAGGUAAGUAUUGAAAAGUCAUACAAAAUGAAUGAAGGAAAGUUAUUAGAAAAGAAAACAGAAUUGACAGAAAUACAAUUAAACACUAAUGAUAUUCAAAAAGAAAAAUAUCAAAUGCAAGAAACACAAGUGACUCAAAACAAAUUAUUCAAUAACAUAACUCAUAGUGAAGGAACAACAAAUACUAAAACUAUUACUACAAUACCAAACAUAGAGAUAAGUUCUAGUACCAAUUUGCAACAAGAAGAAGCCAUAAAAAAUCAAUUAAAUGAAGAACUAGAAACAACUGAAGGUGAAAUUGAAAAUACUGAAGUCCAAAAGAAAGAAAGUAAUAGUGAUGGUAUGAUGGAAUUAGAAGAGGAUAGUAUUAGUUUAAUAAAUAAAAUAGAAGAAAAAAAUCAAUACAGCUUUAGACUCCCACAUGAAUUAAAAAAUUUACAAGUAUCAUUAUGUUUAUUGAUAUACAAAUUUAUGUAUUGUGGAGCUCCAUACAAAGUUUAUGGAUGUUAUGAUGAAAAAUUCAAUGUAUUUAUUGUUAUUACUAAAUUAACUGUAGAAAACUAUCCAUCAACUACUAAUUUUAAAACUCUUCAAAAAUUUAGUGAAAAAUUACCUAUUUUAAUUAAUAAAGAACGACCAAAAUAUCAAAUAAAAGACCGUGAAGUACCACCACCUGUAAAUGAUAUAAUUAAUGAAAAUAUUAAAGAAGUUAUAAAGGAAAUAAAACAUUGUAAAGAUGCAACAAAAUUAAUAUGA